GUUUUGAUACGACCAAUUCAUCACAUUUAGAAGCUUACGAGUUUCCCAUCCUUCGAACAAUAUGAAGAUGUCUACAAGAUCAGCAUGUACUUUACCCUAUAAUGCUUCCCAGUGUUGAGUGUAAUGCACCUUACAGAUCAUGCAUCCAUUCAAAUCAGAAGGUUGAUCCACUUGCAUACGAAUAGGUGUAAGAAAUUUCUCAAUGCUGCAACUUCUUAAUUCUUAAGAAGUGCUAAUCCUGUUGAUAAUCAUGUGGAGUUGUGGUCAUAAUCACUGCGCGCAACAACUUCAAUCUUUAAAUAAAUCAGCACAUGCUUGUUUGACGCAUUGAAGACAGGUUUGCUGAUAGUAAAUUGACAUCCACAAUGCGGGAUUUGCAACAUCAAUUCGCUAUCGAGACCUUCAUCGACAAAUUGCUUAGCAGAAUUGACUUGUCGGAUUUUCACCACGUUUCAUAUUUCACUUUUAAUUUCUCCUUCAAACUAGCAAUUGACUCUGAAGACACUUUCACUAUUCGCACAUGUGGAUCUUCAUGUCUCCCCGUCCAUUUCUCGCUUUGGUUAUGUCCAUUUUGUUCGCGCUUUCGGUGAGCAAUAACUCUGCGCUUGCAACCAUCCACGAUGAGACAGCCCAGCGCCGAUUGGCUACAACAAUUAUGGACGCGCCUUCCUUACGACUUCAUUUCACGCUUAAAAGGCCUUCUAUGAGUAUCUUUGGACAAUCCCAGUUUUAUGUCUUUGCCAAUCCGAUCGUGUCCUCUGACAACACCUCGAUAAUGUACGAUGGUUACGCCGCCUUCAUGGACGGCACCACCGAUUACACGUACAUGCUGGUAAAUGGAAUUGCCUAUUCCGUGACAUCCGCUCUUGGUAACGGGGGCAAUUUCACUGCUCAGUGUAUUAAAUCAAACCUGCUACCGCCUCUGAGUGGCAUCAUCUCGGCGCUUAAUAAUGCCACUAUGGUUUCUAGUGCCAUCGCUGGCCAUGAACCAAUCAAUUGCGCCAGUGGAAAUCUCUUCAAGACUACUCUUGGAGAUUCAAAAUUCGUCAUUUGCUCUUCAGGCUCAAAUGGUUUUGUCGCUCAUAAUUGCGAUUUGGAUAUUGUUGUCGACUAUUUGGACAGUCCAGCCACCAUAACUGCGCCCAAACUAAGUGACGAUGAGGCACUGACUUGCGAAACUGUCGUGAGUCCCCUUCCAGUAUCGGAAACGACGCUCGCCU